AAUGGAAACUUGGAACCAGAACUUGACCAGCAGCAUGGCAGAAUGGAGACUUGGAACCAGAACUUGACCAGCAGCAUGGCAGAAUGGAGACUUGAACCAGAACUUGACCAGCAGCAUGGCAGAAUGGAGACUUGGAACCAGAACUUGACCAGCAGCAUUAAGCAGCAUGACUAGCUGAAUACUUGCUGGAGCGGAAUGAGAUCAGAACUAGAACCACAGCAGGCAGGCGGAGAUGAAGGAACUUCAGACUGGACGAGAACUGGAAGAGAUGAGCUUUGCCAUGCCACUUUGAGACACAAGAAGAAUCUGUCCGCACCUUCAGAGCUCUGUCCCUUUUCAAAAUCCGAGCUGGUGCUGACACAGAGUUUCAACCUCCUGAAUUCAGAAGACUGGGAGAAGAAGAUUGAGGGUCUGAUGUUCCUGCGCUCUCUCACUUACAACCAUGCAGAUAUGCUUCAGGGCAGGCUUCAUGAAGUUUUUCUGUGUCUCAUCCAAGAGGUGAGGAACCUGCGCUCAGGCGUGUCCAGGGUGACAGUUUGUGCACUGGCCGACCUGUACACACACCUGCAGAGACUAAUGGACCAAGAGCUCGAGGGGAUAGUAAAUGCUUUGCUGCAGAAGGCUGGGGAGAGUAACACUUUCAUCAGGCAGGAUGGUGAUGCAGUGCUGGACUGCAUGGUGCAGCACUGCACCCCGACUCGCAGCAUUUGGGCGUUACUCACUGGAGGAAUCAGUCCUAACCUAGUGGUGAGGAAAUGCACCGCUCAGCAUCUGGCUAAUCUGUUGGAGAAGGUCGGCGCUGCCCGCCUCUUGUCCGGAGGAAAAGAUUUCAAUGAGAGACUUUUACCUGCCAUCACUAAACUUUCACAAGACUCCUCCCAGGAGGCCAGGUACUUUGGUCGUCAAAUGCUGCUGUCUCUGUCAUCUUACCCCGACUUUGACAGGCACCUGGAAAAAUAUAUCACAACCAAAGACCUGCAAGCUGUCAGAGACACCAUCCUAACUCUCAGGACAAAGGGUCUGGGUGAGAUGCCCCAAGAUUCUCAGUCGGCCCAAGGAAGACACUCUCUCCCAGGCAGCGGUACGGUCAGGGCGUCGUCUCUCAACGUAGAGCAACUCAACCAGACCAACAGGGAGCCCAAUAGCAACUACAGCUGUAAACAUCAGACGCAGAGUAUUGCAGACAAAACCGAAUACAUAAAGCAGAUCUCGGGUCUGCUGGGUUCAAAGGACUUCCGAGAGCGGAUCAAAGGCAUUGAUCAGGCCUGACUGCGAGCACAACCCCAGCGUGGUUAUCAAUAGUAUGUUUCCGGUGUUCAAUGUCUUUAAAGCAAGGCUGCAGGAGUC